AUGGCAAGCACGCCAAUGGACCUGGAUCGACCAGAGCGCCCGGCUUCAGCAACCUUGAACAUCCAGAGAUCGAUACCAGGUCCCAGUGGCGCCAGUACGAACCUCAGCGAAUUGUUCAAGCGCGAAGACCUCAAGGACGGCAGGGCCAUACCUCAAGUCCAGUCGAUCGACUACAACGAUGACGGCGAUCUCCUCAUGACGUCGAACGCCGACGAGACAAUCCAGUUGUACCACGUCAAAGAAGGGCGCCACGAGAAGACGUUGCUCAGCAAGAAGUACGGCGUCAAACUUGCAAAAUUCACACAUACCAGCUCAAGUAUAAUAUAUGCGAGUACGAAGCAAAAUGACGCGAUUCGAUAUCUUGCGACACACGACAACUCGUUCAUUCGGUAUUUUGAGGGACACGAGGGCCCCGUAACAUGCCUGGCGGUGCAUCCAGGCGAGGACACAUUCGUUUCGUGCGCGCAGGACAACACGGUGCGGAUAUGGCACACACAAACCAAGAAUUGGCAAGGACAGUUGAACCUCAAAGGAGCAACAUUGGCCGCAUGGGAUCCCUCGGGCAAAGUGUUCGCCGUGGCAUGUCCGUCGGCUGGGACUGUACUACUCUACGACCACGCCAAUUUUGAUAAGUCGCCAUUUGGGACAAUUGAUGUGAUUGAGCAAUGUCGAAACAUUGACACGGCUAAUCUGAACAAAGGCUGGACCAAGCUGGAGUUCUCCAAUGAUGGCAAGUCCUUACUCAUCGGCACGAGAGGUAAUGGGCACUUUGUGCUCGAUGCAUUCGAUGGGACCCUCAAGGCAUACCUGCACAAACCCAACGGAGGCACGCGACGACUCGUGCCUGGAGAAGUCGGGUCCUCGAAUGGGUCCGGCGGUCAAGGAUCGCCGUUGGACAGCAGCGGCGAUUGUUGCUUCACGCCGGAUGGACGCUUUGUGCUCAGCGGGAGUAAGAAGGAUGUCUUGGUGUGGGAUACCCGCGCGGCACCCAACGAGCACAAGGUUCUUGCGCCGACGUAUACGCUCCCAGAUAAGAGAGAGGCAGCUGUACUGGCGUUCAACCCGCGAUACAACUUUUUCGCGACCGCAGACCAGGAAUUGCUGUUCUGGGUGCCUGAUCCCAACAGCUGA